AUGAUCGAGUCGUUCAGGGAUAUGAAGCACAAGGGCAGCAGCUACGAGAAUCUGGAGAUGGAAAGGACUACCAACAAGAUACUGCAUCGCAUGGAGGACAAGGUCAACGAGGACUCUUUGGAAGGCACAAGAGCAAGAAUCCUCGCGAACGCUCGAGCAAUCUACGGCCCGAAUCGAUGUCUCGACGUGAUAAGUUUCGCCCCAACUUCCUCGCGAAAGACUGGCGCCGCCAUCGUCGAACACAAUCCAAUGAGUAGAUCGUACAUCCACUGCACUUCGGCAAAGGAGGACUCUCGUCUUGCUGCAUACGAGCAUCUGCUUGUCAUCACUGAAGAUCUGCUGCAGCGCCUGGUGGAUACGGAGGGCAUCACCAGCAGCGGCUGGCUUCCAGCAACACCUCAGUCACAACAUGCGGCGACGUACAAUGCUGCGAGUGUCAGCGGAAGCGCGACUGGCAGUCUGCCUGCGAGCCGAAGGAGCAGCACAAUAUCAACUGAUUUCUUACCACCUUACUUACAACAGUACAGGACGAUGAUGAUGCCGCCACCCGAGCGCUUUGUCAACGACUUCCACGCACCUUACUCAUCACACCAUAUCCAGAGACCUCCUAUGGGCGCAAAUGCACCACCACUGGUCCGCGGCAACAGUAAUACUGCUUUUGGCUGCACGACCCCUCAACCAGUCAUGCAGACGAUCCCGCGUACGAACAGCGAUGUGGUGAUACAGCAACCAAAGCCAGUGCAGACAGGGCAGUAUACAGGUCAUCCCAACGGUCGCGUGCAGUGGAAGCUAGGAUCGGAGGGAUGAACGAUUGGGCGCAUGGUUCGACGAUGGUCUUCGAUUAUUUUCCCCCUAGAAUCAUACAGUAGAACCAAAGCUGCAUUUUACUCUUCCAUCACUUUCUGCAUAGUCAUGCAACGACAACGGUGCCCAGGGUGCCUGCUUGCUUAUUCAGUCACGCUUGCCCCGAACGCUUCGAAAUAGGCAGCAAUAUUUGCUGUAUCGUAAAAAUGUGACUCAGAUUAGCUACCAAACAGUUUGGCUGGCCUUUCAGACUGUGUGCAUUGUCAUUGAAGGCUGGAAGGAG